AUGUCGGCAGAAAUGGAAGUUGACCCUCCAGUCUCGCAGGAGCAGGAGGAAGUCCCUCAAACGCAAUCUGGUAACGAUCCUCGAACACAGGCAGGAGCUGUUGCAGUGCGCAGUAUCGAAGGAUGGAUCAUCAUCGCAACAAAUAUCCAUGAAGAAGCGUCUGAGGAAGAUGUGACGGAUCUAUUCGCCGAGUAUGGGGAGAUCAAGAACUUCAGUCUGAACCUUGAUCGCCGGACGGGUUAUGUCAAGGGAUACGCGUUGAUUGAGUACUCUACCCUCCCGGAGGCAUCUGAUGCCAUCAAGGCCCUCAAUGGAACCAAGUUGCUGGACCAGACAAUUCAAGUUGACUACGCCUUUGUCCGUCCCCCUCCUUCGAACAAAGGGAAAAACGGAGCGCAGAAGGGUGGCCGUGGUGGAAGAGCCCGGAGCAGAAGCCGCGACAGGAGUCGCAGCCCGGGUGCCGACAACGAAAGGGAUUAG